AUGAUUGGCUCACCGGACCUGCUGCCCUUCACCGGCAGCGGGGGGUUUGAGGAGGAAGGAGAAGAACCGGAGGUCCACACUCUGCCUGAGGAGUUCUCUGUCCGCCUUUUGCCGCCUCACAGCCCCUGGAGAACAGCAGCCCAGUUUCACCGGGACUUUAUCCUGGUGGCUGAAUUCUCGGAGCAGGUUGGUCCAAAGCCUGUCUUAACAAUACCAAAUGAUCCGAAGGUCAUCGGCUCGUUUGACCUUAACCACUUCUCCGUCCGCAUUAUGUCUGUGGACUACCAGGCGUCCGGCCCGGGUCACACAGCCCCUGCUCCGCCUGGACCCCGCCUCAGUUUCAGCGAGGACUCCAAGGUAAUCCUGGGAGACUCAGCAGACGACUCGUUUGCGUACGUUCAUCACCUGACCCUAUACGACCUGGAGGCUCGGGGGAUGGUGCGACCUUUCUGCAUGGCCUACGUCUGUUCGGACCGGACCAAACUGAUGGAGAACUUCUCUGAGCUGUCCGAGUGUUUUUCUCAGGCCUCUGACAGUUUGAAGACGGGAAACAGGCAAGCGUUCUCCUCUGAACUGCAGAGAAAGUUGCAGGAGCUCGAGUACAGACGGAGGGCCCUGCUGCAGGACACACACGUCUCCACAGGAGCAGGAGGCAGAGCUGAUGAGCUGGAAGCUUUAGAGCAUCUGAUCCUGAACCACAGAGAGCUCCUUCGCCAGGUCACAUCCUACCCAAACAGGAAACUCCAGCAGCCUGACUUCCUGCCCUACGACACGGCCGACCUGCCGCUUGAGCCGUCCUCUCCCUGCCUUCCCUCCUCUGCCUCCUGCAGGUCUGAGUCGCUUCUGAAGCCACUGGAGGAGCUCUGCAACUUCUACUUCCUGUCCCUGGUGAAAAACCAGCUAUCAGACACAGAGCGGCGUCUGCGUGGCGACAGGUGCGUCCUGCGAACUGCUCGCGUCUCACAGCUACUGUCCAGGAAGGUGAAACUUACAAACUUCCUGUUUGAGCUGUGCUGCCCUGUGGAUGCUGAGGAGGAAGAGGAGGAGGAUGAAGCAGAGCGGGUCUUGGGGAGCACCGUGGGAGCUGUGGGAGGUCAAUCAGAAAAGCAUGGUGGGGAGUUGUUCUCCUGUGUGGAAGAAAUACAGAUAAAGAUGGAAGGAGGGGGAGGCGGGAGAGCGACCCCUGACCCCAGCGCGUUCACAGACAUGAUGGGCAGCAUGAGCAGCAGCGACAGCAUCGAGGUUCUCGGGACGGAGAAGUCGUACCGGAGUCAACGCGUGGCCGUUGUGUCCGACAGCAGAGAAACCCGUGUUGGGACGACAGACGUGAUUCUCCAGCAUGCAGCAGGAGACGCAGGCCUUCAGCGCCUGCGAGCCCCUGCCAGGCGUGCCAACAGCGAGGACAGCAUCGAGGUUCUCAGCACGACUGAGUCCAUCGUCCCUGACGACCUGUCCGCCAUCACAGAGGAAGAGGCGGAGCAUCACACUCUGACCAAUGGAUUUGAGGAAGAGGAAGAGUCACAGGCUGACUGUAAGCCUGAAAAAGUCCUCAAGGAGGAGAGGAUGAAGAACACUGCUACUGCAGGGGACGAAAGUGGAGAAUCUGCUGGAAGAAAAGAACUUUUGGAGGAAAUAAUGUUCAAUGUACCAGACAAAGACAAUUUACUCACAGAGAAGAGUAACGAAGUCCAUAAAGACAAAAUGAAUAAACUGGUCCAAGCUGGAAAUGCAGUGGAGUCGAGGCAGAAGAAGACGAGGCCGGUGUUUGACCUCCAUGUAAAAAUGGCUCCGAAAAGCGUCGGGGCGGAGGGAGCUCUGCGCAUGCCGCCCUGCGCUCUUCUGAGGCUGCUCAGCGUGGACGAAUUCUCCGACUGCACCAGCUUCACCAGCAGCUCAGAGCCACCAUCUCCCACCACAGUCAACCUCACCAGCACAUGUGUGGACAAGAAAAGGAGGAGGAGGAGGGCUGGCCUGCGAGCCCUCCGGUUCAUCAAGCAGCUCUCCUUCUCCCAGCAUGCCAUCUUCUGUCUGCUGAUUGGCCGGCCGCUGGUCGUCAUCGGUGGAGACGAGCAGCUGGUGAGGAAGCUGGUGGACGGCUUGAGGCUCUUCCUGCCAGCUCCUGGUGCUGACGGGAGCGCCGUGAUGUCAUGUUUGGCCACGCCCCUCCAGCUGACUGACCUGCUCACCUGGAGGCUCAUAGGAAUACACAGAUCAUCUUCCAGAGCAUCAUCUUCCAUCCUUCAGUCUCUGACUCAGUUGAGUCGUUACAUCGCUGUGCUGGACCUGGAUCAGAAGACGCUACGCUGUCCUUCAUAUGCCGGAUCCCUGGUCAGCUUCCUAGCCAACCCUCACACCGGCAUCGGCCGCGGCCUCACCUACCUGCUGCACCUGGAGAGCUGCCUGACUGCGCUGGCCAACCGGGUGCUGCUGCAGACCUUCACCGCUGCUUCCCAGCUUCACAGAGCCAUCGCCGAGGAAAAGGACUCGCAGCAAGCACCACAACUCUGCAGCAGUGAAAAUGAUUUUCGAGUGAUGCACUUUCUGACUGACCUGAUCACGCAGCGCCACACCGGACAUGGACCGCCGCCUUUCAGGUUUUCCUACAGCUCUGUGCAGCUUCACAGGAACACAUAUCCAACAUAAACAGACUGAGGAGCAGAGCAAGAUGCUUUUAUUUUGCUACAUGCCCUCCAUACAAUGCCUUAGGUGUAAUUAGCAGCUGCUGUAUGUGCACAAAGGAUUGUUCAAAUGAAUAUAAAUAUGUGCACAUUUAAGACUCAAACGAAUAUGAAUGUUAACUCUCUACAGC